GACUACGAGGGUCAUUCACGUAUGAGCUCAUCCGGGCUUCUCCGCUCUCCGUUGCAUUAUCUCUCUCUGCAAUUUCCGUCCCCAAAACUUUCAAAAUGCUUGUCCAAUCUCCUUCAAGUUUAUCUAACACCUCCAUGUUCAGCAGAGCUUCUCAGCGUAAUCACCAUUUGCCAUUUGUCUGCCCUAAUUCGUUGCAGAAGUGCCUCCACUUUAGCUGGCCAAGAAGGGAGUUGCAGCUUAGGGCUUCUUGUUACACACGCAGACCUUUGGGCACGGCAGGAGCUUAUGAAUUGAUCGAUGAUGAAACCGGUGAGAAAUUCAUUGUAUGGGGAGGUGUAGAUAAUGAUGAAUCGCCUAUACCUUCAAAGGAAGUUCUUUCAUGGAAGCCUUCUGGGGUUCAGAAGAGUGCAAAGAGUUCUUAUGAGUCUGGAGAAGAGUUCUCUACAGUUGCUUCGAGCAGUGAGAGUACUAUUCACGAUAGCUUUUCUGGUAGUUUCAGUAGACUGAAGGCCAGCAAUGUACGAGCUCUAAUGAAAAAAUCAGCUCAAAAGAAGCAGGGAAAUACAGACAUUGAAGGGGAAAUUAUCUCGGAGAAUAAAUCCCUAAAAGUUGAACAUGUUACAAGAAAGACCAAGUUGGGUUUGCAUAGGCCUGAUGUCAGUGAGCCAAGCUUAACCAAUCAUCAAGCAGUAGAGGGUAAUGAAAUGGUCUCAGAGCGGGAAAUAAAUCAAUACACAAAAAAAUCAUAUUCAAGGGUAGGUUAUGAUAAUACAAAGGACAGGACUCGUUCUCUAAAAUCUAAUGAACAAGCCCAAGUAGUUUCAAAGCAACAUGAUUUUAUUCCAAGAGUUGACUCGUCAAAGGGAUGGAACGUUAUGGGUUAUCCAAUGGACAAUAGAGGUGAUUUAUCAAAACCUUUAAAGGGGAAGAAAAAAGAUUUUGGAAAUGGUGACUUUUUUAGCCGGAAAGCAUUUAAAGAUAUAGGCUGUAGUGAUGAUAUGAUCGAAUGCCUCAAAGGUCAACUUAUAGUGCGCCCUUCUCAUAUUCAGGCAAUUUCUUAUGCACCCAUUAUUGAAGGACAAAGCUGCAUUAUUGCUGAGCAAAGUGGAUCUGGGAAAACAUUAGCUUAUCUGGCACCACUUAUACAAUGUCUAAGGGAAGAAGAGAUCCAAGGUUUAAGUAAAUCUUCAUCGAGUAGCCCUCGAGUAGUGGUAUUGGUGCCAACCGCUGAAUUGGCUUCUCAGGUGCUGAAUAGUUGCAGAUCUAUUUCCAAAUUUGGGAUGCCUUUCAGAUCUAUGAUUGCAACAGGGGGUUUUAAACAGAAAACUCAACUAGAUAAUCUUCAGGAGGGCGUAGAUGUGCUCAUUGCAACACCUGGUCGCUUCCUUUUCCUACUCCAAGAAGGUUUCUUGCAAUUAACCAACCUCGUAUGUGCUGUGUUGGAUGAGGUGGAUGUGCUAUUUGGUGAUGAAGAUUUUGAACAAGUCCUUCAGAGGUUAAUGAAAACUGCACCAGUUACAGCACAAUAUCUAUUUGUUACAGCGACAUUGCCAGUCGAUAUAUACAACAAGCUGGUUGAAUCAUUUCCAGACUGCAAGGCCAUCAUGGGACCAGGCGUGCAUCGUACAAGUUCUGGCCUUGAGGAGGUUCUUGUAGACUGCAGUGGAGAUGUCGAAGGGGAGAAAACUCCAGAGACAGCAUUUUCCAAUAAGAGAUCUGCUUUACUGCAACUUGUGGAAGAAACGGCUGUUCCCAAAACUAUCAUUUUCUGCAAUAGGAUUGAGACAUGCAGGAAAGUGGAGAAUAUAUUGAACCGUUUUGAUAGGAAAGGAAUUUGUGUUCGGGCUCUCCCAUUUCAUGCAGCAUUGACCCAAGAAUCUCGUCUCUCUAACAUUAAGGAGUUCCUUACCUCACGAUCUGAAGAAUCAAUGUUUCUGAUUUGUACAGAUAGAGCUUCUCGAGGGAUCGACUUUACAAAAGUGGAUCACGUUGUGCUCUUUGAUUUCCCUCGAGAUCCAAGUGAGUAUGUGCGGCGUGUUGGGAGGACUGCACGCGGAGCUGGUGGCAAAGGGAAGGCCUUUGUGUUUGUAGUUGGUAAGCAAGUCUCUCUUGCCAGAAAAAUCAUGGAUAGAAACCAGAAAGGCCAUCCACUACACACUGUGCCAUCUGCUUAUGAACUCUUGGGGUCAGUUGUAUGAACUCAGUCAACCCAACAUUUUGCAACCACCCUCUUCCUCCUUGUUCUCUUUUUUUUUUAAUUUAGUUUUGUAACCUACUGAUUUCGGUGAUGUAUAUGUUGGGUUUUCAUAUCAAAUAGCAAUAUUGUGCUUCUCGUUUCAGUUCAUAAAGCUAACCUAGGAAAUGAUUUCCAGUC